AUGGCGACGUCGUACGUGGAGGUCCCAGCUGCGCUGUACGGGUACGACGACGACGCCGACGCCGAGGCGUUGCUCCGUGGCAUCGACGCCGUCGUGCACGCGCCCACCCCCGCCGACCUCACGCCCCAGCCCGUGGCUGAUGGCACCGGCGACGCCCUGCCGAUGUCGUCGGUGGAGUUUCUUGCUCUGUCUCGGCAAGACACCGACGCCGACUUGAAGGCCUUCCUCCGCUAUAUCCGGAGCGUUCACGUUCCAGCCACCGGCCUUGCUCCUGUCGCCAUGGCAGAUGAAGCGACCCCGACGACUCCCCUAGCGGUCCUUGGAGCGCCGCGCGGUUACUGCGAUGACGAUGCCGCCGCGAGCGCCACCAUCAAGAGUCCGUCCAAGAAGCAGCCGGAGCCGUUCGAGACGUACGACGAUGACAUCGACGCCAGCCUCAGGGCCAUGGAGAAGGACCCCACGGAACGUCCCACGCCGUUGUACCUCUGGACGACGCAGGCUGGGAAGAUGACCAUGGUCAAGCGCGCCGAGCUCGUCUCGUGGAUGCACGACUUCGCCGGGUGCUACGACCUCGCCCCGGGCGCGCUGCACCGAUCCGUCUCCUACGUCGACCGCUUCCUGUCGGCCAAGAAGAUCUGGGGCUCUUGCGAGCUCCGCCUCCUCGGCGCCGUGGCCGUCUUCACCGCGGCCAAGUACGAGGACAGGAGAACCACGUGGGCGCUCGACGCCGACAACGUCGCUCGGCACGCCGGGUGCACCCGGCGCGAGGUCGUCUACGCGGAGUGCGAGCUGGUCGCCGCGCUCGGGUACCGCCUCAGCGGCCCCACGGCCUACACGUUCAUCGACCACUUCACAAGGCACGGCCAAGAGGAAGAGGGCACCCAGGGCUCGGCGGUGAGGUCCCUGGCGCACCACCUCGCCGACCUGGCGCUGCUGGACUACCGGUGCGUGCAGUUCCUGCCGUCCGUCGUGGCGGCGUCCGCAAUCGUCCUGGCGAGGCUUGCCGUGGACUCCGCGGCGUCGGGGGAGCCAGGAGCUCAAGGUGACGGGAGACUCUCCGAUGCUCAGAUGAAGGUGCUGGAGGCACAGAUGCUGGAGGCGAAGGUGUCGGAGUCACAUAUGCUAAAACACGACGCGAAGAUGCCUGAGGCGGAGAGACUGGGCGCGAGGGAGAAGGUGUCUAAGGCAGAGAGGCUUGGCGCUAGGGCGAAGAAUGAAGUUGCCAACAGCCUUAUCGAGAAUCUCGAUACCCUCAUGUGUGCUAAUGUCUAA